CUCGUGUCCCAGAGCUGUCCUCGGAGCCCCACGUCUGGGGCCUCACUUCUUAGCUUCUCAGUGCCCAGCCGGCCACCUCCAGUCCAGCUGGACGGAUCUGACUCCCCUUAGUGAUGUUCCUCCCGCUCAGACAUGCCCGUGGACCUACAUUUCCUCCAAACUUACAGCUCAUGUUUGCGGUGCUCUGGGCAGAGGAGGACCUGAGCACCUCCCUGCAGCUGACCUGUGAUUCUCAAGCCAGCCCUGUCCUUGACAUCUCUGGCCAGAAUCGGGUGUUCAGCCAAGAGCUGCAGCCCUCAGGCCGGCAGAGCCUCCCCACCGUCCUCGGCCGCUGCCUUAGCCAAGAUCAGGAGCCACUGGAGGACGUGCCCAGCACCUGGUCCAGGGCCCAGCCCACUGUAGGUGCUCAGCAAAACAUACUGAGUGAAUGGAUGAACGACAGCGUGUGAGUGAGGGCUCACACUUGCCGACCGGGACUUCGUCACCCCGCCAGCCCCCCCGUGUUGGCAAACGCCCCCCUGGCCCAGGCCGCCUCCGUUUGAGGAUUGAGGGCCCACGCUGCGCCAGGCCCUGCACCCGCAUGUCCACAGGUGACCGCACUGCUCCCCAAGCCUCACUGCACGGCACGCUCGAUCAGGGGCCUCUCAGUCCCUCCUAGUCUUUACUCUGAAUAAUCUUUAACCUGUAGGAAAGUGACUGUAAGACAUUCACCAGUUGUUGAUAUUUCCUAUGUCUUUCUAUUCAAUUUACACGUUUUAUACACUUGAACCUUCACACACACACACACACACACACACACACACACACACACGCUGUUCCUGUGUCGCUGAGCUUUGAGACAGAGAUGUUUCUGGAUGACCUCGUUAUCCUCAGCACUUCAGAGAAUGUCCCCUCUCACACGGAUGUUUUCUUACGCGACACAGUGUAAGUACCAACUUCAGGACACGUGACACGCGAUGUAACGCUAUUGUGUAGGUCACGGUGAAAUUGCACCCUCACCCCAGUGGUGUUCUUUCCAGCUGUUCUGCUUGCCUUGAGCCCAGGGUGCAAUCCAGAAUCACCCCGGGUACUGGCUGCCCCAUCUCUCUAGUUUCCUAACUUAGACCAGAGUCUGCAAACUUUAUUGUAAAGGGCCGGAUAAUAAAUAUUUUAGCCUUUACACUCAAUAAGGUCUGUAGCAACCAUUCAGCUCUGCCAUGGUAUAAAAAAAAAGCAGCUAUGGACACUAUGUAAACAAAGGGGCAUUUUCCAAUAACACUUUAUUAAGACAAUUUUCUCAUGAACACCUACAUCCCUACCACUUAGAUUUCUCUGUCUCUCUCUCUUUAUAAAGAUUUUAUUUAUUUAUCUUUAGAAAGAGGGGAAGGAAGAG